CUCAGUAGCAGUCAGUUUGGCCUGAGCUGGUCAGUUUUGUGGUCAAGAUGUUCCUGAUUGUAUUACUUGGAACGUUCUUUUUUCUAAGUUUAAUCUUCGUCAAACACAAGUUCUCUUAUUGGUCACGCCAAAAUGUCCCUUACAUCGAGCCUAGCUUCCCGUACGGGAACUUUAAAGAUUCCGGCAGGAUAUCAAUCGCGGACAUUUCAUCCCAGCAGUACAACGAAAUGAAAAGCCGCGGACAAUUCUUCGGGAUGUUCUUCUUCCUACAGCCGAUGGUGAUGAUUACGAAUCUUGACCUGAUCAAGACGAUCCUCGUCAAGGACUUCAACUACUUCCCGGAUCGUGGCGUGUACCACAACCUUAGGGAUGACCCCCUAAGUGGUCACUUGUUCAGCAUCGAGGGUAACAAGUGGCGAUCGCUGCGGGCUCGGCUUACGCCGACGUUCACCUCGGGCAAGAUGAGGAUGAUGUUUCCGACCUUGAAGGCCGUUGGGGAUAACUUUGGCGCGUUUUUGGUGAGUGCUGUUGGCGGUGGGAUAGAGAUGGAACUGAAGGAUGUUGUGCAACGAUUCACCACGGAUGUGAUUGGAAGUUGUGCCUUUGGAAUUGAGUGUAAUACCUUUGUGGAUGAGAAUAGUCAGAUUAGAAGUGUUUCUCGGUUGAUCUUCGAUAGUCCGAAGCAUUCUGGGAAGAAGCGAUUGUUCUUGAAGCUUUUCCCGGAAGUUGGCAAUAAGCUACGGAUCAAGCAGUUGAACGAGAAUGCUACCGAGUUCUUUCAGAAGCUUGUUGGUGAUACGAUCGCCUACAGAGUUAAAAACUCGACAGAUAGGAACGAUUUCAUGAGCUUGCUGAUCGGAUUGAUGAACAAGGGAGAUCUUACGUUGAAUGAGGCUGCAGCACAAUCGUUGAUAUUCUUCCUGGCAGGAUUAGAGACGUCCUCUUCGAACCAAACCUACUGUUUGUAUGAGCUUGCAUUGAAUCAGGGUUAUCAACAGAAAGCUAGAGAGUGUAUUCUUGAAGCGAUGGAGAAGCAUGGUGGAUUAACGUACGAAGCUGUUAGCGAUAUGCAGUUCUUGGAUCAGUGCAUCAAUGAAACUCUUCGCCUGUACCCAUCGAUUCCAGUUCUUGAGCGAAAAACAUUCCAAAAUUAUCAAAUCCCCGGAACUAAAGUAAUCAUUCCCAAAGGAAUGAAAGUUCACAUCCCAGUGUACGGGAUUCAACGAGACGAUCGUUACUAUCCCAAUCCCACGGUAUUCAACCCGGAUCGAUUUCACCCGAAUACAGUGGCCAAGCGACAUCUGUGUGCCUUUCUGCCGUUUGGCGAAGGUCCACGGAUCUGCAUCGGGUUGCGAUUUGGAAUGCUUCAAUCGCGGGUGGGUUUGGCGACCGUGCUGAGCCAGUUCCGGAUUAAGCCGUGCUCGCGAACGACGAUUCCGCUGGAGUACUCGACCAAAUCGACUGUAUUGCAGGCCAAGGGGGGAUUGUGGCUCAAGGUGGAACCGUUGUAAAUUUUAAGUGAUUGUGUGUUUAAUUUUUACAUCUUCCUUUUCGAAUAAAAUUAUUUUUUUUAGAGAA